AUGUUUCGAUGGAGCCCAAGUGAUAACCCAAGUGUAAUGAUGGUGGAGAAAAGACUCUGGUCAUACGAUACCGCCUCCUCAAAGUCUAUGUUGCAGUCGUACUUACGGCACUCGUACAACAACAAAAGCGCAGUCAACGUGGCAAAGUUGGACUUGAGGUCCGUCUUGAACAAGAAUAACCUGGAGGCCACUAGCAAUCGGGUAUCUGGGACCUGUCCGUUGAAGAACGACACCAACGCCUUGAUCGAUAGAACAAUGCUGAGAUUGGCACUUGGUGCUUGUAAGUUGGGUCCCGAUGGUGUUACCACUUCAUGCACAUAUCUGGCUAUGGUGUCGUGGUUGAAACAUUUUGUGAAGAACGUGUCUCUAUUGAACGACUUGAGAAGGACAAUGGACUCCUCGUAG